AUGAGUCGAUUAGAAGCUCUAGUGUCAAGAGUGCAUGAUAUAGUGCCUCCUCAGCUGCCUUCGGGCUCAAUUAAAUUGUCUACUAGCCUUUUUGGCCCUUCAUUAAGUCAGUCCACCAUGACAAGAGAAGGAUAUCAGAGGGCAGCUAGAGGGAGUAUCCUGGUUGCUUCAAGUCCCGAAAUUCUUACUCGAGUUAAGAAGCUCAGGCACACUCAUAAGAUUCUACAAAGUGAUCGGGCAAUUUUAGCACACUGGGUUUCCAAUGAUGUCAGCCAACAUGGUCUUGGACCUGGAGGAAACCACAGGGUUUCCAAGUUCUCUAGUGGAAGCCUUUUUAAUCGUAGUUACAGAGCGGUAAAUCCCAAUCUUGCGAUUAGAUCCAUUGAAAAUUUUUCCUCCCAUUCCUUGUGCUGGAAUACUGUCCAUUUGAGUUCUUUUCAUGAUAUAAAGGUGUGUACAUAUUAUUCACAGAUUGGAUUGAAAUGCUGA